AUGAAAAUGAACAAUAUUUGUUUUCGUAUAAAAACUGUCCUUAGUAUUGUUAUUGUCCUUGUUACUAUUAUCAAUUGUGGUUAUUCGGCCAGUGUUUCAAAAAAAUAUGAUGAUCUCUUUACUAUUAAUGUUACUAUGAACAAUUAUGAAACAAAACAGGAAGAUGAAUAUGCAUAUGUUCAACAUAAAUUACCCGAUGAAGAAUUAUUUAUUGUUGGAUAUUCACCAUUGAUCAAUAUGAAUUCAGCUCAUCAUAUGCUUUCAUAUGCCUGUUCAGCACCCGGUUCGGAUAAACCAUUCUGGACUGGAUAUGGACCAUGUAGUGGUCAGCAAAUGAUUAUUCAUGGAUGGGCUCGAAAUGCACCUUCAUUUACACUACCUGAAGAUGUCGGUAUUCCUGUUGGACGUAAUACACCAUACAAAUAUAUUGUUAUUAAUAUUCAUUAUUUGUUAAUUUUGAAAAAUGAUAAUUCUGGAAAUCAAUUAAUUAUGACUCGAAAACCACGUAAAUAUCAUGCAGGUGUCUUAUUAAGUGGUACGGGUGCUAUCUAUCUACGACCAAAAACACAUACUAUUCGAACUCCUUUUUCAUGUGAAUAUAAUGGACCACCUAUUUCUAUCUUUGCUGCUCGUGUUCAUGCCCAUCAAUGGGCACGAGUUAAUUCGUUGUAUCGAGUACGUAAUGGAGAAAUUUCACAGGUUGUCAAAGGUGAUCCACAAUGGCCUCAAUCAUUCUAUCCACUUCCAUCAACUAUUGAAAUUCAAAAUAAGGAUUAUAUUGUUGGUCAAUGUGUCUAUGAUAAUAAUGAUGAUCGAAUUAUUACUGCCGGAUCAACGCACCACGAUGAAAUGUGUAACGUAUAUGUGAUGUAUUCAUAUGAUCCAAAACAUGACUUAUCUCCACCUCAAAUGUGUUGGGAUAAUGGAAUCAGCAGAAUGGCAAGUCUCAUUCCUCCAGAUAGUGAGAUUCCUCCUCUUAAACCAGCUGAUAUUAGUGGAACACAGAAUGGUCAUCAUGCUCAUGCUGAACAUGCAAUGAAUUCAUACACAGCAAAUGAUGAUCAAUCCUAUGAAGAUUAUCUAGAUGAAUUUGAAAAUAUACGUCAUCGUGAUAAAGGAAUAGAUAAUUUUGAUAUAAAUAAAAUUUUAUCACAUCUUGGUUUACCAGACUAUGAAUAUGUUGAUGCACAAAAUUAUGAUUAUUUAUUACCAAAUCAUUUAACAUAUGGAAAAGGACAAACAGUAAAAUUACAUAAUGCAAAAUUAAUGAGAUCUAAUUUGUAUAAAAGUGUCGAAAAUUGGCCUGAUAUUAAAUCACUACCAGCUCAACUUGGUCAAGUAGGUGGUAUUGCAUUAAAUAAUGCAAAUGAUGAACUUAUUGUAUUUCAUCGUGGUUCUCGAAAAUGGGAAUUUAAAUAUUUUAAUGGUUUUAAUUUUCGUAAUGAAGAUUAUGGUCCAAUUGAAGAAGAUGUUCUUAUUCAUAUUGAUACACGUACAGGACAAACAAAAUUUCGAUGGGGUUCGAAAAAAUUUUAUAUGCCACAUGGUUUAACAAUAGAUCAUGAAGGAAAUUUUUGGUUAACUGAUAUUGCUAUGCAUCAAGUUUUUAUGUUUAAACCAAAUGAUUUAAAUCAUUCAGCAUUAAUUGUUGGAGAAAUGUUUAAACCUGGUUCAGGACCUAAUCAACUUUGUCGACCAGCUGAUAUUGCUGUUAUGAAAAAUGGAGAUUUUUUUGUUGCCGAUGGCUAUUGCAAUAGUCGUAUUAUUAAAUUUAAUCGCAAAGGAGAAUAUAUCAUGGAAUGGGGUUCACCAAUGUCAGGAAAACUUGAUAGUGAUGGUUUUCCACUACCUAAUGAAUGGAAUAUUGUUCAUUCAAUAGCAUUAAAUGAAGAUGCACAAUUAUUAUGUGGUGCUGAUCGAGAAAAUUUUCGUAUUCAAUGUUUUAAUUCAAAUACAGGAGAAUUUCAACGACAAAUACGUGUAGAGAUAACAGAAAAGAUUGGUGCAAUUUAUGCUAUUGAAUUUGCACCAAAUACUAAUGGAACAAUUUUAUUUGCUGUUACUGGAGGAGCACAAACAUCAAAUAAAAAAGUUUAUAUGAUUGAUGCACAAAAAGGAGAAAUUUUAACAUCAUUUGAUUCAAAUCCACAUUUAAAUGCUCCACAUGAUAUUACUGUAUCAAUAAAUGCUCGUGAAAUUUAUGUUGGUGAAUUAGCAUCAUCACCUAAUAAUGCUUUACGUAAAUUUGAAUUAUCUAAGCAAAAAGAUCUUCCGACACAAACGUUUAUUAAACGAAUCAAUUUCAAUGAUAAAAAUUUUCGUAUUUCUUUAAUUAUAAUGGCUGCUUUUGCCAUUUCUGUUCUUGCUUCUGUGAUUAUUGGAUGUAUUAUUCGAAUAAAAAAUAAGCGUAAAAUUCAUCGUUUGAAUACAUUCCCCACUGAUGUGAAAAAUCGUGAUAUUAGCAAUGUUUCGUUUCUUGGUGAUUGGACGAAUCGACGAAAAGGUUUUGAAAAAUUAGAACAAUAUUCUGAUGGAGAAAAUGAACCAUUAGAUACAUCUAUUGCUGAUGAUCCAUGUAAUAAUUCUGGUGAUGACACAAUAACUACUACAAAAAAACAACAAGCAAUAAAAUUUAAUAAUAAAAAAAAUACUCUUAAACUUACAAUGGAUGAUAGCCUUUAA